CUCAAGACUCUGUCGCGCGCAGUUUGUUUUCGCGGAGUUGCUACUAACAGACUGCCCUAAUCAUUACAUGGCUAGCUGCUGGAGCUCGUGCGUGGAGUCGCGGUGUUUGGCCUGCAGGUGACCACUGUCUACUGACCAGUGAUCACUUCGAUCGGUCGCUACGACUACUGCUUUCUCCUUCAACAAUAGCCUCACGCCAGAUACCCUCCAGCAUGUUGUCUGUCUUGUUGCUUUCCCACCUGUUUACUGCAGCAUUUGCCGCGCAACCGUCAGCUCCAGCACCUGUAGAAGCGCCACUUCGAGAGCUUCCUUGGGGCCAACUGAACUUCCUGCAGACAACAGACGUACAUGGCUGGUUCGCUGGGCAUCUACAAGAACCGUCAUACUCUGCCGACUGGGGAGACUAUAUAUCAUUCGCGAAACACCUCCGAGAUCGAGCGGACGCGGACGGCAAAGAUCUACUACUCAUCGACACCGGCGACAGGAUAGAAGGAAACGGGUUGACAGAUGCUUCGGACCCAAAAGCAAUCUACACAUACGAUAUUGUGAAAGAACAAGACAUAGAUUUCAUUUGCUCUGGAAACCAUGAGCUAUAUAAGACAAGCUCGUCAGAGGGCGAGCUCAACUUCACUGUGCCGAACUUCAAAGACAAGUAUCUCGCAUCCAACCUGGACAUCUUCAACCCCAAGACGGGCAACUUCGAGCCACUUGCCCGCAGAUACAAGAAGCUAACGACGAAGAACCAAGGCAUUCGGGUCUUGGUCUUUGGCUUCCUUUACGAUUUUACAGGCAACUCGAAUAACACGAUUGUCCACACGGUGGAGGAUACCAUUAAGCAAGAUUGGUUUCAGUAUGCUAUAAGAGACGAGGAAGUAGACCUCAUCCUCGUAGCCGGGCAUGUGGCAAUACGAUCGAAAGAGUAUGAUGCUAUAUACAAGGCCAUCCGAUCUGUGCAAUACGAUACACCCUUGCAAUUCUUUGGUGGGCAUACCCACAUUCGAGACUUCAAGAGGUAUGAUGACAAGACGACUGCGCUCGAAAGCGGCCGGUACAUGGAGACAAUUGGAUUUCUGUCUAUUAGCGGUCUGAACGGGCAUAGCAAGAGCGAGGACGUGUCUGCCAGCAAAGGUUUGACCUUCUCUCGGCGUUAUAUUGACAACAACCUCUUCUCCCUUCGACACCACAGCGGUACAGAUCAGGAUACAUUCACUACCUCGGCCGGCAGCAAGACUUCCGCGUUAAUCCACGAAGCCCGCAAGAACCUCACACUGGACACAAGAUACGGCUGUGCCCCUCAGGACUACUGGGUCAACCGCGCACCCUACCCCAGCGUGCUACCGGGCCAAUUCAAGCAGUCGCAUCGGGCAGCUAAGGGCCACCCAGCACUCGUUAUCACAAACACAGGAGCAAUGCGCUUCGAUGUCUUCAAGGGGCCAUUCACACGAGACACCACCUUCCUCAUCUCGCCGUUCACCAGCCAGUUCAGCUACCUGCGAGACGUUCCGUACAAGAAAGCGAAGAAACUCCUACAGCUGUUGAACAACGAAGGACCGAUUGUUGUCGACAAGGCACUGUCAGCCUCAGUAAGUGGGUCGCUUCACAGGCUCAUGCCCGAGUUGCCAGAGAUCGAGUCGGGAGAUGAUGACAAUGACAAGACAAUUGUUGUCACUCCAUUAAGGAAGCACAAACCGUACGGCCAGGUACCUCUCGGCGACAAGAAGCCAGAGCUGAUACCAGGCUACACAACGAAGGAUGACGCUGGAGACGAUGGCGACGACACACUGCACUCCGAGAUCAAGUUCUACAACGUCCCGCCUUGCAUCCAGGCAUCGAUAGGACUGGGCGAUUCAGACAGUGAGACUCUGACUGACAAGGAGCCGCAAGCUGUAGACGUCGUCUACAACGAGUUUCUGGAGUCAUGGAUCUUACUCGCGCUCGAAUAUCUGGAUGAGAAGCGCAGCAAGGAUGAUAUCGCACUGUACAUGAACGGGACGUUGACGGACAUCAUAACGGGUUGGGUGUCGGAUAACUGGGCGCAUGACGGGGAUGACUGUCCUUGA